AUGUUACAGUGUUGUAAUUAUAGCAUAAAGCUUAUAAAUGGGAUAAUACCUCCUUUUGGAGAUUUUGAUUGUCAAUCCUGCACAGUUGAUAACCAUAUUUACAUUUUUAUAGAACAUUUAUAUAAAAAUAAAAUAGUAAAUAAAUCAGUUAAAGAUUUUUUAAAAAGUGAUAAUACUAAAAUAAGACAUGCUGCAGUAAUUUAUUGUAAAAAAAUUCUUGAUGACAAAAAUAUUUUAAAGUUUAUGCAAGAUGAUCCAUUUUAUAAAAUUAGAAAAUUGUGCAUAGACACAUUAAAUGGUGAAGGCUUAAUUUCAUAUUUUGAUGAUGUUAAUGAUGAAAUAUUAAUUAAAGUUUUAGAAGUUUUAUAUCAAAGAUAUUUUGAAUAUAAAGUGUACUUUAAUGAUUUAGAGACUAAAGAAACAACAAAGUUUACAGAAAAUUUAGAUCUUUUGUUUGUUAAACUUACUGAUUGCAUGACACAUACAAAUAUUCAAAUAAGAAUUUUAACUUCUAAAUUAAUUUCUAUUUUGUACAAAUUAGAUUUAAAAACCUUAAAGCACAUGUUAUUUAAAAAUACAGAUAAUAAUAUAUCAGGAAUUAUUGUUUACGGUUUAGAAGAUGAAUGUUCAUUGGUUAGAAAAAACACAAUAAUUUCUCUAUAUAUUUUUUAUAAGGAGGUUAUAUUAAAUUUACAAAAAAAAGGAAAAGAUUAUAAAAAAAUAGUAAAAAUAUUAGUAGAAUAUUUUAUUAAUACAAUUAAUGAUGAAGAUAUUCAGGUAAGGAAUACUGCUAUACAUUUUUUUUCAGAAAUGACAUGUAUAAGUAAAUUUAAACUAAAUAAUGAUUUUAUUAUUCAAAUAUCAUACAAUCUUAUAAAAACAAAUAGACUUUUUAAAGAAGAUUUUGAUUUAUUGAAAAUAUUUAGGAAUAUUAGGUUUAAGUCUGCUGAUGUUUUUUUCAUGGUAGUUCAAAAAUUAACAUAUAUAUUAGAAUCUAAGAUUUUAGUACAGACAUUGUAUGAAAUGUUUAAUAAUAAUUUACAAUUUGUGUGCAAGAAAUUACGCACCUUUACUAUUUAUGCUGAACAAGAACAAGAAUUAUUUAAUAAAGAUUUUAUUGUAAGGAUAUUGACACUUUAUGUACUCAAGCAGAAUUUUUCUAUAAAACGAAAAUCGAAUUUAGAAAAAUAUUUUUUAUAUAUUGAUCUACUUUGUAAACAGCCAGAUAGGCUGUCUGUGAUGAAAGAUAAUCUUAUUCAUUUAAUAAGAAAUGAAAAAUAUAAAGAUGUGUUUAAAAUUAAAAAUUCUAAAAAUGACACAAUUAACUUUAUGAUUUUACUUUAUAAAGGAUUACAACGUAAAAAUAUUAAUGGAUUAAUUAAAUUAAACAAUAAAUUUAAAAAUGUAAAUUUAUCUAAAAGUAUUCUUUUAGAUAGAGAAAGUUUAGAAAAAUGGAUAAAAAAUAUAGAUUUAAAUAUUAUAAAGAAAUAA